UGGGCGGUCGCAAAUUUCGCUAGCUUGACAUUGUUGUUGUUGUUGAUGUGUGAAUUACUUCACAGGGCUUUGUUGUUUAUUUGGCUCUUUAAAUUAAUCAAAAAGAAGAGUUGCUGAGGCAUUUCUCGUGGAAGUUACAGUUGCAGUGGCUCCACUGGGAUGCAAGUGAUCAUGGAAAAUUCAGGCCUGGGGCGGCUUACGAUACAAAUAUAAGUCACCUCACUCAACAUUUCUGCCUCAUCCUGACCCUUGGUCAAAACAAAUUUUCACUCUUCAGUUUUUGUUGGUGUUAGUGCAGCAUGAAUUCAUGAUCACAUGACCUUAGAUAUGGACGCAGUCCUGUCCGAGUUUGUUCGCUCGACAGGGGCUGAUCCAGGCUUAGCCAGAGACCUGCUUGAAGGUAAGAACUGGGACCUCAGUGCUGCUUUGAGUGACUUUGAGCAGCUUCGGCAGGUUCAUGCUGCAAACUUGCCAUACUGUUUUCCAGAAGAGCGGGUUGCCAGGCAUGCAGAAAAGGAGAUACCUCGAGUCGGUCGUCCUGUACUACACAGGCAAGAUGAUAUUGUGCAAGAAAAGCGGUUGUCUCGUGGCAUUUCCCAUGCUAGUUCUUCAAUUGUUUCCUUGGCACGCUCGCAUGUAUCAAGCACCAGCAGUAGUGGCAGCAGUGGUAGUGAGCUACUCCUGGAUACACCAGUUUGCACAUUUCAGCUACCUGAUCUCACAGUGUACAGAGAAGAUUUUCGCAGCUUUAUAGAAAGGGACCUCAUUGAGCAGUCCAUGCUAAUUGCCUUGGAGCAGGCAGGCCGUUUGAACUGGUGGACACGUGUUGGAGCAAGCUGUCAAAGCUUAUUGCCUCUUGCUACCACGGGUGAUGGAAAUUGUCUUCUGCAUGCUGCAUCAUUAGGCAUGUGGGGAUUUCAUGAUCGAGAUCUCAUGUUGCGCAAGUCCCUUUAUACGCUUAUGGACAAGGGAACCGAGAAGGAAGCGCUAAAGAGAAGAUGGAGAUGGCAACAGACACAGCAAAACAAAGAGUCUGGACUCGUGUACACUGAGGAUGAGUGGCAAAAAGAGUGGAAUGAGCUGCUGAAACUAGCAUCCAGUGAACCACGGAUACACUACAGUAACAAUGGCAGUAACUGUCCAGGAGCUGAACCAUCUGAGGAACCAGUUUAUGAGAGUUUAGAAGAGUUCCAUGUUUUUGUAUUAGCUCAUGUCCUGCGACGGCCUAUUGUAGUAGUGGCAGAUACAAUGCUACGUGACUCUGGAGGGGAAGCCUUCGCUCCGAUCCCAUUUGGAGGAAUUUAUCUGCCCCUGGAGGUUCCAGCCAGCAAAUGCCAUCGGUCACCUCUUGUCUUGGCAUAUGAUCAAGCUCACUUCUCAGCACUUGUGUCUAUGGAGCAGAAUGAAAGCUGCAAAGAGCAAGCGGUGAUCCCCCUAACAGAUUCUGAGCACAAAUUACUUCCUGUGCAUUUUGCUGUAGACCCGGGCAGGGACUGGGAAUGGGGCAAAGAUGAUUGCAACACCUCACGUUUAGCCAGUGUACAACUGUCAUUGGAGGCUAAAUUGAGCUUGUUGCACAGCUAUAUGACUGUGACGUUUUUGCCUUUGCCGUGUGAAGCUCAGCAAGCACCAUUGGCACAGCCAGAAUCCCCAACUGCUUCUGCAGGAGAUGAAAAUCGGACGCCACCAGACUCAGGAGAAUCUGACAAGGAGUCAGUUUGCAGCAGCACAAAUGGCAGUGGAGGAGGAGGACUAGGUGGAGGAGGUGGUGGUGGUGGUGCAGAUGGUGGAGGAAGCAAAACGGGAGGCUUCUCAUCUGGAGCAAGCAGUUCCAGCAGUAAUAGCAGUUCAGGAAGUAAAGAAGGAAAGGAAGGAAAAAAGAAAGACAAAGACAAGAAGAGAGCAGACUCUGUAGCUAAUAAAUUGGGUAGCUUUGGAAAGAGCUUGGGCAGCAAACUUAAAAAAAAUAUGGGAGGACUGAUGACAAGCAAGAGCAGUGGAAACAGCAGUGGGAACAGCAGUAGCAAACAGGGAGGUGAAACAGUAGAGAAGAAGAAGAAAGGAUCUCUCAAAAGCAGAAAAGGUAGUAAAGAAGGCUCUCCGUCUGCACAACCUGGAGGAAACAAUGAAACUGGUGUUGGACUGGAGAAAGGUGCUCCCAAUGGGCCAGCCUUUGACAACCAAACAGACCCAUAUAAGUACAGCAAUGAUGUUAAACUAAGUCUGAGCAUAUUGAGGGCAGCCAUUCAAGGAGAGCGCAAGUUCAUCUUUGCUAGUUUACUAACAACCAGUAAUCGACAGCCCUUCCAAGAAGAGAUGAUUCAACGAUAUUUAGCAGAUGCUGAGGAUCGUUUCCGAGCAGAACAAGAGCAAAAGAAAGAAGCUGAAAAGAAAGGGCUACUUAUGACUUCCCAUGAGUCUAUUGGAAGGAAAGGGUCAGAGAUACAAGAGGGAAGCUUUCGUUAUUUUGAUCCUAAAUGUGAUAUUGAUGGCUCAUCCCCUUCUCAUCCUUCAGCAACUCCGGCAGGAUCAUACUUUAACCAUACUUUGAAGCCAUCUUCCUUUCCUUCUUCUAAUUACUCUGGAGUUUUAACUAUCCCCAGGCCAACAGUAAUUAGCCAGACUAACAGUGUGAACCAAGCCUCUCAGCAUCUACCACCGCCAAGUUAUAAUGAAACACGUCGCCAGGUUGCAGGUGGAUCUUCCUACAACAGCCUUCCUUCAUAUGCCACCCUCCCUAGGCCAUGUACACUUAUGCAGUAUCAUCCACCUGUGGGCAGUCCUGUGAGACUGAACCAGUUCUCAUCUUUGGAGCGCAAUGAAGACCCCCCAGAGUGCCAACAGCAAGAAGAGAGAGUCUUAGGGGGUGAGUCAAGUUAUAGUAAUGGCUAUCGAGAGACUAGGGUGGCUGGUGGCCCUUCUUUGGACAGAGGUGUAAAUACUGGAAGGCAUUUCUAUGGUGCUGUGAGUGGUGCACAGCAGAAAUGCAAAGUUCUCACUUGUCACUAUUAUGGGCACCCAGAGACAAGCAACUUUUGUUCAUAUUGUUUCAAAGAGGAGAUGAAACGCAGGGAGAAGGAUUCCCUUAUUCACCGAUUCUGAACAAUUAUACUGUAUUUCUGUUUCUCCUCAAAAAGCCUACUGUAUGGGGUGGGAUUGUUUCAAUACAUGUUAACAUUUAAAAUCCUAAACACAUCCCUGCUCCAUUCCACUCUCCUACUUAGUAAAGGUCAGCUUUAAAAAUGAGGGGGAAUCUGGAAAUAAUCGCUGACUGGAAUGACAGGUGUGGCCAUUUUGCAUCCUUGAGUGCAGCACAGCCCAAGGCACAAAGGAGCAGAAGCCUUGGUGGUAAUCAAAGCACUACAAUGUAGUAGACAUGACGGUGGGCUUAACCUUUUACCACACAAUUAUUUUAUUGUACAUGGAUUUUUUUCUGUUUUUGUCUUUUUUGUUGUUUUUUUUUUGUUUGUUUUUUUUUUUUUUUAAUUGAUUUGUUUUUGCACAGAAUUGUGGUCUUUGUUACUAGCAAGUUUGUCCUCCGUCCCAUCUCCAAAGUGAUUUGAAUGCAGCAUUAGCUGGUUUUCAGUUUUUAAAUUUCUACUUAUUCUACAUUUGCCAAUUAGGUCAACUUUUACAAUCCUAGCAAAACCUGAACUUGCCCACCUUUUGAACAGAUUGUCUGCAUUAUAUUCCUUAUAUGCAAAAGCGAAUGUAUAAAGCUUCCCUUUUAAUGGCAACAGUUUUUAAAUCAGUUUUUAAGCUGUCUCUGUUUUUUUAAAAUUUAUGUUAAGGGGUUUGCCCGCUUUCUUUGUUUUUACACCAUAUUAACAUUUCAAAAUUUUUAAAACAGUUUGGCUAAAAUAUUUAUAUUUGAUGAAAAUAUAUUAUACUUGAACAGCCUGAAGAAUGGGAUAGGUUGUUCCUUUCUGGGUUGAAAUGUCCUAAAAAUGUGUAUUUGUAUACAAAUUAGAAGAUAUAGGCAAUAAAAAAUUGCAGAUGCAAAUAUGUGUAAUUUCCUCACCAGCAGAGGCAUCUGUAAUUCUCGUUUAUAAAUAUUUUGGUAUCCCAGGGUUCAGGAUUUCUGUCUUCUUAAAGAAACAGUGCACGGUCUUGUGUCACCAAAAUAGGUUUUCACCAAAGACAAUGAAGUUUCUUCACGCCCCAUACUGAUUUUAUUACAUAUUACUUUACAUUACACUAAUCAUUAGAGCAAACCGAGUAUGUAUUUUUAAGUUGUUUGUGUGUGUUUUUUGUUUCUUAACUCAAGUUGUAACAAUGCUAGAAGUAAUUUCACUUCAUAAUACCAGGCUUCUUCCUUGACCAUCUGUCCUGGAAGUGUAAGAGGUAGACAUUGUAGAAAUUAACUUUUGCUUUAUGGAGGCUGAACGGAGUUCUCUGCUAUUUCAAGUCAGGAGCACAUUUAUUACACUGGGCUAUCUCUUUUUGCGUUCUGUAAUAGAUAGAUAGAUAUAUAUCCUCAAUAUCCUUUAACAAAGGAUCAAAUGUAAUUGACAUGCAAGGUUAUUAAUCCACCAUGUAUUACAAUAUAGUAUGAAUGCAAGUGGCUAAAUGUCACAUAAAACGUUUAUGUAGACAUCACAAAAUUAUGAACGAUUAUGAUUUAGUAACAGACACAUUUAGUUAUAAAAAAUAAAAGGAGAGCAGAGUGCUAGCUCUAAUUGCCUAGAGCUAUAGAUAUUAUAGGAGCUCUUUCAGCUCUGGCACAUUUGAAACUGCCUUAAUGUUUUUGUUUUUUUCCUGCAAAAGAAGAAUCAGAACAUCACUGUGGCUUCAUUCAAAGUCUAAUUUGGAUGUAAAUGCAAUAUGAGGUUAUUAUCUCAUAAGUGAAGGUUUCACCUGAUUAUUCAGCUGAUCAUUUCUGGAUAGUAGAAUAUUGGUUGCUGCUAAAUGCAUCAAAGGUAAUCUUUGUCUCUUCAUUCAUUAAUUAAAUGUAAGCUAAUUAUAUUGGAAGUAAUAUCUCUUGUCUACAUAAACCAGGAGUUUCUAACUCCAGGAGUAUCAAACUCAAGGCCUACCGUACUGAAUCGGGCCCGUGGACCUUUUUAAGGCUCCAUCAAUAUUAAAAACCUGUUACAUGCAGUCUGCACGGACUGUUAAAUUUCUAUAAAGUAAAAAAAAAAACCUUUAAUGUUCUUUUCACACGUAGAUUGUAUUACCAUAUAAUUUAUAUUUACACUAGCGUUAAAAUGUGACUCCUCAUUUAUCUUUCAAAGCACAGCGUAUAACAGCUAUUAAUUUGUAGUUAGAAUGGAAACUUGUGACUCGUAUUGACCUAAAACCAUUAAGGGAUCAGAAGGUGACAUACCACACUGCCAUAAAGAACUUUAGUGAUUCAGUGUGAUGCCAAAGUUGCAACAGUCUUGUGAAGAAGGUGGUAAGUAGACUUUACACAUGGCACUGGCACCACUGUGUUCAUUUUUUUAAUGCUGCAAAGGUGUCAGGACUGGCUGCGAUUCCACAGCUAACCUGAUGCUGCCACUGCCCUAUGCCAUUCUUUUGUCUUUUCCACUGAUUGUUGUAUGUGGAUAAGAAACCAUAUUUGCAUUUCUACUUGUGUUAAAACGCUUUCCGUUUUUAAACCUCUUCAAAUGUGGUCUGUGUGAUCCAUCACUACUGCAUUUACAUCCUUUUUUUUAAUGUGUUGAAGCACUAAUUGUGACACAUGUUAAUGCAGAUAUAAACCGAUGUACUUUGCUUUAGUCUGCGUCUGGACUACCUCUCUUGACUUUAUGCGCUGACGUCUUUUUUUCACUCAAUACUGAUUUUUUUCUCUUGGCCACUGUUAGCUUUCCUAACCAAGAAAAGAAAAACAUUUAAUGAAGGAAGACAGUUUUAAGGGACAUAUGGGAAAGAAUAGAUGCUUAUCAUCAUCAGAGUGGUGUUUUGUUUGUUUUCAUAUUACAUUGGGUGUUUGAUUUAUUUAUUUUUGGCCUGCAAUAAAAUUGAGUUUGACACUCCUGACUUAAAAGGAAUAAAUGUGGAAAAUUUUACCAAAGGAAAUAAAUUUCAAUUAAGUAAAUUUCCUUAAAUCAAGCACUUGUUAAUAGCUUCUUAUGCAUUGGUUUUGAUUGAUCAAUUUAUUUAUUGCCCCUUUGGGUAUUUGUUUUUAUGCAUCUUUUCAUUUUACUGCCAUUCGUAACAGAGGAGAAAUGCAGUGUUAAUUAUUAUGGUGCUCUGAAUAUUGAGUAACUUUGCCUUCUCUCUCUAUCUCUCUCUUUCUCUCUGUUUGUAUAAAGAUUAUCAUCUUUGAUAUACCUUAUACUGGUUGUGGGAGAAGGAAUGGCCCAUAUGUGUUUUGUUUCUCGAACUAUAUAAUUAUGUUUAUAAUCAGCAAAUGAUUGUCAUUUUGCAAGCAAAUUAAGAGAGACAUUGACACCACAUUGCAAUCAGACAUGUACACAAGGCUUGUGUUUUUUUAUUCAAGAGGAAAAAUUACAAGUAAAAGUUUAUCCAAAGUUUCCACCCUCUGCAUUAGAGCACUUUACCCACUACACUUAACUGUGAUGGAUUUAGCAUGCCCAUGACUAGUGUAUAUAUACACUGCCGUUACGGAAUGUGAAAAAUCUAUAAGAGGGCUAACUUGGGCUAUUUUUCCCAGGGUAUUUGGCCUUAGUAUAUGCGUAUUUUUAGCCAUUCUGUUGUACAGUGCAAAAUCUUCUUUAUUUUAACCCCUCAUGUUUUAAUUGUUCACAUCACUAAAGCAAAGUGGGGGUGGGGGGGAAAUGGGGUGUGCCUUAUUGCAUAUAAAGACACUCUUUCAUUUACAUAUUUGUUUCUGGUCAGCUUGAUUUGUGUUUUGUAGGUCUAUGCAAACUUCAUAACAAGCUUAUUUUGUGUUAUUCACUAUUUAAACCUAUUGUAGCUACAUUAAGAAGAUGACAGUGACAGGAAAACAUGUUGUUUAAGAGCACUUCAGCUAAUAUAUAUUUUUGCUUUUGAAUAGCCAUCAGAAUCUCCUACACACUUGUAAUAUUUUUUGCAUUUCACCUUGGAAAGCAAUAGUGAAGACUUGGAGUGAUCAUGUGCUGCUCUACAUUUUGCAUAAGGGCUUAAUAGAGAAGACAUCACAGAUGACCAGGCUUUAGGAACACUGUGCCGUCCAGAAAAAAGGGAAACAGUAGACAUGGAUUUGAUCUUUCCUGCAGCAUAACAACGUCAAAAGCUUUCUUUCUACUGCUGCUUUUCAUGCACUGUACUGUACGUAAAUAAAGCCUAUGCCACGAUCCAUUUUACCUUGUCAGUUUAUGAGCUGAAGGCUUCAGUGAUCUGGGCAGGUUAUUGAAAGUAUGCAGACAUUUUUACAUUAUGAAACAUGACUACUUCACAUUUCCUUCCUGCAUUUAAUUUUGCAAUGUUUCUACAUGUAGUCAGGUUUAUAUAGAAUUAUAUUUUCAUUGUAGUCAUUUGUUGCAUUAUGAGUAUACCUUUUGGGUAUUCUCACAUCCUAUGCAGGGUUAGAUGUAUGCUGCAUGUCUUACUUGUCCUUAGUAAAUGGUCAACAGGGUAUUUUAUCUCCGCUUAUGAUUUGGAGAGUGACAGGUAGGAAUGUAGUCAAUGUCCCUUAAGAAGUUUAGUGUUACUAAUCAGGAUCCUAUUUCUGAAAUCUGACUGGCAAUAAACUGAAAUACUCAAUGGACAGAACUCAUUUUGUAGUGCUGGCAAGGUUAUUUUCAUUAGCAAAUCUAAAGAUGGCUACACACAUGAAAAUGAAUGAUGUUACUUUACCAUCCAAUGCUAAUUAUUUGGUUAUUAAUUACUGUUCUUUCUAGAAUUGCACGGUUUAUUGUGCUGUGCAAUAAUUUAGGAAACACUGACACUGCUACAGAAGGCAAUAUGUUGAAUAAAAGUGGAGUUUUAGGAAUCCAAACUUGAGAGAUUGUCUGUUGUUCUAAAACUGUGACCGAGUGGCCAGCUGAGGUAGUUUAAGUCCAAGUAAAAAGGUGAUGAUCAGGAUUGUCUUUUGGAAGAGAUCUGAGCCAAUGUCUCAUUUACCUAGCAUCUAAGCAUAAAUUAAAUAUAUUGGGAAGCAGGUAGUUUUUAUAUGUAUUGGAUACAUUUUUGUAAGAAACAGAAAUUAUUAAUAAGUAAAUUAUCUUAACCUCACAGCUCUUAUACCACAUCAUAUUGUUCCAUGUAGAGAGUUAGGUCAAACAAGAGUAAAAAAAAAACUUAAAAACUUGAUGUUACAAAUAUCUGAAGAUGAUUGAUCUGCUCCCAGUUAAUAAUUCCAAGAUAUGUUAAGUACUUCAGGAUAUCAGUUUACAUUAAUUUGUCUGAACAAGUUAUAGAUAGAUGAUGCUUUAUUUAUCCCCAAGGAAAAGUUCAAUAAAACCCCCAAAAAACAGACAGAGGAACUUCUGGCUUGGAUAACAUAGAGUGGCUGUUGUCAAUAACAUCAUUGUAGGUGUUCAGAUUGUACCAUAGGUUUAUAUUCAGUAAACAUUUGAGUAGAACAGUCCCAGCUUGUAGUGUCCAUGUUUUGAACAUAUUGAUAAGACAUUUGACAUCACCAGCAUUCAGGGCGAUUCAUCAUUAAGAUAUGGUAAAAGAGUUCUUAGCCAGGAUGAUGUAACUAAAUAUAUGCAUAUUAUUUUAAAUCAGUUAAUUACUUAAUACGCAAGACUGUCAUUUUACAGCAUAGCUAAAUAGAUGGAAAAAUGAGUGACUAUAAUCAUCUAAAAUAUAGGGAAAAAACUUCAGCUUGUGUUGGAAGCAUAAUACAGCCAGAUAUGCAAACCACGUAAUUAAUUUAAUUUUCAAAUGAGGGAGCAAUGAAAGACAUGAGUUCCAUAUAAAGCAAAUAUGGCUAAUGUGAUUAUUAUUCUUGAUGUAUAGUAAAAAAAUUACCUUUACUUUUUAGAAAACCCAAGAUCCUAAGCCAGUGAUGAUUUUCUCAUAAGGGACUAAUUUUAUUAUUUCUGUUUCCUACUUUUUUCUUUAACAUCUUGCUAUAUUGUAGAACAGUUAUUUAAUUGUUUGGGUUAAUUUUCUUUUCUUUAACAUCUUGCUAUAUUGUAGAACAGUUAUUUAAUUGUUUGGGUUAAAUUAAGUAAAAGUUGUAUACAAUGUAUAUGUGUAUAUUUAUACUCUUAACACUGGGCAUUUGCCACAGUAUGUUGCUAAAGAGGACGACGUCUAUUUCAGUAUUAUAUCCAUGUUUUUUGCACAGUUGGAUUCAGUUCUUUUAGUUUACUGCAGGAGUUACGUACCUCGGGAUAUAUUUAAAGUGUACAUGAAUGUAAAAUGCAGCCUUCUAAAAUUUGUCUGAUUAAAUACAUCAGCUUUCACAUUUUUGAAAGUUGCACAAAAGUCGUACAGCACAUGUGUAAUGUCAGACUGAAAUGAAACUGCCCAUAGGAAUUUACUAUAUUUAACAAGUACCAAAAAAUGAAAGAUUUUAUUAACAAAACUGUAAGAGGUCAUUUAAUGUACAAAUAUUAGAAUAAUUUUUAAUUCUAAAUAUUUUUAAUGUGGGAGAUGUAGAAUGUUGUACACUGCAUAAUUAUUCUGCUGGUUGAGUGUGAUUGAGAAUUUCAGUUCAAAUAAGUGACUUUUUUCCCCAGAAUAUUUACAUCUAUACUUAAAUUCUCUAUUUUUUUUACUCUGUUCAAAUGUAUAUUAGUGUGCAUGUAUGCAUUUGCUAAAAGAGAUUAUUGUUUUAAUCUAAAUUUCAAGCACUGGGUGAUUUUUUUUUUUUCUGAAAAUGUUCAAAUGGAAUGUGGUGAAAGGCGAUUAAUUUUUGUCUUUUUGUAUUUAAGGACUUUUUUCCCCCCUGACAACCUAAAAAGAUUAAAAAUCAUACUACUGGGUGAAUGUAAUCAAGUUGAUUACAUUUAUAUAAAAUAUGUAUGUUAUGGAUCCCAAAAGUAGAUUGUAGAGUAAUCUGGGAUUAUAAUUUGGACAGUAAAUCUGAGUCAUUAAUAAACUAAAAUGUAUUUUUUAUUUUUUUGUGCAAUUUUGAAUUUGAAAUGUAUAGAAUAUUCCAAAUGUACGGAAGAAGUUAAACAUUGUGAAAUUAUUUCAAGUGUAAAUUGUUUGUAUGCCCUUACUAUAUAAUUAGGCCUAGAUUUUCAGUCUCCAGAAUAUCUGAUAUGCUAAUGCUGACAUUUCUAGAACAGGCUAUGUGGGUUUUCCUUUUGCGUAUGUGUAGUACCAGAUUACUCUGGAUUAAGCAAUGAGGACUGCAUAUUAGAUUUCUGAAAGGUAAUUUGCUUGUGACAAAAUGCUUUCAUGGUUACAUUUCUGAUUGAUUCUGGUGCAGUUCAAACAAGUGAAGAUAUUUUAAUUUUUCUGUUUUAAUCAAAGAUGAUUUAUCAUUUCUUAAAAAGUUGUGUGUCUUAUGAGCCACCUGAGAGCGUAAACAUUAAAAAAAUGAGUUCUUCACAUUACUUUCACUCUUAAUACAUAAUAAAAUGUGGCUCAGUUUGGAAUAUGAGUCUUACAGGUUUCGAAAAUAGGAAGUGACACACAUGUCUAUGUCUUGUGUCCUGUUACUCACACACAUGGGCCUUAACGUUACUUAUGCAGCAGAUGUCCGUUCAUUGUGUUUAACUGGCUGAGGAGUCAGGUGCUCUAGUCAUGCUGCUUAAAUUGAGUAAAACGCAAUAAUGUGUUCAAAUGAUCAAUACCCAAGCACCUUCUUCAAUUUUGGAUAGGUCACAGUAUGCACCACUAUACAGUGGGUAAAAUUAUUUUUGACUUGAAGUAAUAGAUACAGUUUUUAGAAAGUACUGCUUUCACUCGUGUUUAAUGGUAAAAAGAAUAAUUAAUAAUUUUGUGACUUCUCUAAUUUUACAGACAGACAACACUAGUAAAAAGAGUAAAACAUUUAUUUAUUCUUUAUUUACAUUCCGGAUAAAAUCCAAAAAAUGUUGACUGGACCAUCACUUGAAUAAGUGGAAACCAUUGUCUAUUUGAACCAGUAUGUGCAAAGUUUCUGUCUGAAGAGAAUUAAAUGAAAGUGCGUAGUCUAAUAUAAUUUCUGGAGAAAUAUAUAUUUUUAGCGCCCUCAUUAAAAUUUCUGAUUUUCAAAGAUAUAUUAUUUUGUAUGUCCUGAAUCCAUUAUUUUUAAAUCCGUCAACCACAUAUUUCUAUUUUCUUAUUGAUGGUUUUUUUUUUUAUAUAUAAUCUCUUUCCAUUGUGACUUUACAAUUAUAUUGUAAUACUAGGGUGUUGUACCGUGUUAGCCAUUAUGAAUGUAGAGAAAAGCCAAGCAAAAUGAAAACACAUCUUGCCUGAAGAAGGGGCCUGAGUUGCCUCGAAAGCUUGCAUAUUGUAAUCUUUCUAGUUAGCCAAUAAAAGGUGUCAUUUUGCUUGGCUUUUCUCUACAAUUAUAUUGUAAUAAAUCCUCAAUGUUUUGGCCGCUCAAGAACUUUUAUUAUUAAAAAAAAAAAAAAAAAACGUACACAACAAAAAUGGCUUAGGCACUUGCACAUCUUAAAGUCUGUUUAAAGUUCUAAAUAAAAUGAAUAACUAUUACAGCAAUAUUCAUUCAUGAACCUGAAAAUGGCCAGCUUUUUAGAAUCCCUUUGCUCAGGAAGUCUGAUAUUUAUAAUAAAAAAAAAAGCAAAAUAGAAAUCUAAUUUAAUUUCCUACACAAAGGAGAAUAAUUUAAAUGUCAACUAAAAAUUCUUAUUUGGAGGGUUGAGUUUUCUAAAAAUUUGUGGUUAUAGAUGCAGGAUACUCUGUAACACGUGACAAAUAAAUUAUGCAAUUUUUUUUUUAAACAAAAAUAAAGUCUAGUCUAUUUCAUUAAUGACUGUCAGUCACACUUGUGAAAAUAUGCCCUUUUUUGUGAUUGGUGUGUAUGUUUUUUUUUUUUUGGUUUUUUUUUUAAUAAAAGUUGUGUAACUCUUCUGUCUGUAAGGCAAAUGUUUAAUUAGAGCUGUCAGUAUUAGGUAUCUCAAGCCUUGUCUGUUUGGCAUCGAGCGCCUUGACAAAAACGUUAACCCACGGAAUCCCUGAAGCGGCACAGAGACUAGUGAGAGUGUUUGAGUGUGUGAUGAACAAAAUGGAUGUGUGACGACUACAUUGCUUGAAAACCUCAUAUCGUCCAAUCAUUAUGAUCACCCUGUCUUAAGUAUGGUCAAUCAAAGAAGUAAGUUGUAGCACAAUGUAGAAAAAAGUCAAAGAAAAUGUUACCUUGAAAAGCAGGGAAAAAAAUUGAUAUUAAAGGUUUUCUCCCCUUUAAAAAAAAUUGCAUGUAAUAUGAGGUGUCAUGUUUUGUAUGUGAAAAGGAAAGAAACUGACUUCUGCACAAUGUUUAAAGAAAACUUUGUCUACAGACUUACUGUAUACUAUUUUGUUUUCAGCACUUUUAUAAUUAACAUUUGUAUAAUAUCUUUUUUCCUGAGCAAUGUAUCUUUGUAUAUACAGUUUGAAGUAUUACCUAUGCAGGCUCUUUUGUCAUGCAGUUUUUAGAGCUCCCAUCUUGCUGCUAUGGGGGGGGGAGUGUGAUUGGAAACAAAAUAAAGACUGCUGAAUCAAA